AUGCGUGAACGCGAGGACAUUAAGAUUCUUCAAAUUCAACCAUUGGAAGAUGAACGAAAUUUACAACACGAAAAGGCACCAUCGAAAGCGAAAUCCACUAAGUCGAAUAAAACGAAACAACUACAGAUUCAACUAUUAAAAGAGGAACGAAAAUUGCAGUUAGAGGAGGAGGCGAAUAAGCGAAAAUAUUUAGCAAAAAAAUACGCUCUAUUGAAGGAAAUUGAAAAUGAGGAACCCCCAUUCGACAACGAAGAAGAACACUCCUUCGAAAAGGUCCAGGAAUGGCUUGAAAAAACCGAUCUAGCUACCGCGAAUCAGGGUUUAGAAGAGCAGAUAGCAGGUAACCCACCGGAACGUGAAUCAAUUCGACCUGAUACAUCAGUCCGUCAAGAAGUCGUCGUUCCUAGUGUUAAAAACUCACUGUUUAGUCCGGAAGAGUAUCCAACGGAUUGUCUUCUCACCCGUAGACAACUGGCCGCGAGACAAGCGGUAUCAAAAGAGCUGCCACCAUUCUCUGGUAACCCAGAAGAAUGGCCAAUCUUUCUGGCCACGUUCAAUAAUACCACCCAGCUCUGCGGGUUCUCGCACGACGAAAACCUCUUUCGCCUACAAAGAUGCCUUAGAGGAAAGGCAUACGAUGCAGUUAAACGGUUCUUAUUGUUUCCAACGAAUGUUCCUCGCAUCAUGUCCACCCUAAAAAUGUUGUUUGGACAACCAGAGGCUAUAAUUCUCAGCCUUAUCAACAACAUAUCUAAUAUACCAGCACUACGUGAGGAUAAACUUCAGACACUCGUGGACUUCGCUAUUUCUGUUCAAAAUCUCUACGCGACGAUCGAAGCUUGUGGAAUUCACGAAUACAGCUGCAAUUUAUCUUUGCUUCACAACCUCGUUGAUAAAUUACCAACAUCAAUGAAAUUGUCCUGGGCAUUACAUAAACAAUCAUUACCAGUAGCCAAUCUUGAUGCAUUUGCUGCAUGGAUUUUUACACUUGCAGAAGCCGCUAGCUCAGUCAACUUGCCGAGUACUCCACCAUUAGAUCUGAAAUCGUCGAGGACAAUUAGGAAACCCACUACCUUUGUGAACACGCACAGUAACGUCAGCUCUCCGGAUCAAUAUGACAAACACAUAAAUUAUAAUACGAACAAGCCAUCCUGCGCUGGAUCAUUCCCAUCGUGCAUCGUGUGCAAAUCGAAUUGCACUACCAUCGAAAAAUGUAAACGAUUUUUAGAGUUGAGCUACGAUGCUCGUUGGGCAACUGUUAAGGAAUGCAAUCUUUGUAGAAAAUGCUUAAAACCACAUAAAGGUGGCUGCAGAAUAAACAAACUUUGUGGAAGAAACGGAUGUAGUUUCAAACACCACGAACUAUUGCAUAAUGAUCAAAAGGAUCAAUAUCCAAAUAAAAACGUCGAGCCAACGAAUCCUCAAUUUGAACCGCAACCAUCCACCAGUCAAGUCGCUCAAAACUAUAGUCACCAGAGUGUGAUGAGCUCGGUACUUUUCAAAAUUGUUAAAAUUGUCCUCUACGGUAUUGACACACGAGCAGAGAUUUACGCGCUGUUGGAUGAUGGGUCUUCUGUAACACUGCUGGAACAGAAUUUGGCGGAUGAAUUGAAAGCGAAAGGGAUCGCUUCCCCACUAUGGUUAAGAUGGACCGGUGGGACCUGCCGGUAUGAAAAGGACUCCCGGUUAACUGAUUUACAGAUCGCCAGUCACGGAAACCCAGGGAAGAAGUACACUAUUAGAAAUGUUCAAACUGUAGAUGAGCUCUUGCUGCCGGAGCAGUCAAUGGAUGUCGCCGUUCUCAGAGAAAAUUAUCAUCACCUACGUCGAUUACCACUCCAAUCAUAUCGUAGUAUACGUCCGAGAAUGUUGAUUGGUGCCAAUAAUGCGUUUCUAAUAAACACUAUAAAAAGCAAAGAAGGAAAUUCGCACGAUCCCAUCGCCGUGAAAACAAGACUUGGCUGGACGAUUUAUGGUGGAAGAGAAACGAAGUUAACCGCAGACGUCGCGCAUCAUUGCUGUCAUAUUUGUGAGGCUCCGGUUGACGAUUUACAUAACGCGAUGAAACAAUACUUCGCGUGGGAUAGCUUGGGUAUAAGCAAACCUGAGAUAAUUCUGAUACCGCCGGAAGAAGAACGGGCUGGAAAGUUGCUGCAAAGUUUAACCAAGUUACAUGAUAAUCGGUACGAAACAGGCCUCCUUUGGAGAUAUGAUAACCCACGCUUACCCGAUAGUAAACCUCUGGCGAUUCGCCGGACACAAUGUCUCCAAAAACGUAUGCUGAAAGAUACGAUACUAGCUAAAACUCUGGAUCGUAAAAUGAAAGAAUACAUAGAACGCGGCUAUGUUAGGAAACUCACAUCCGCUGAACUGCACGAACCACGUAGUCGGGUCUGGUACCUCCCGGUAUUCCCUGUAACCAACCCUAAUAAGCCGGAUAAAGUUCGUCUGGUUUGGGACGCGGCGGCUAAAGUUCAUGGCAUCUCUCUGAAUGCACUCCUACUUAAGGGGCCAGAUUUGCUAACGUCUUUGGUUAGUAUACUGUACCAAUUCCGCGAAUUUCGCAUAGCACUGAGUGGUGACAUCCGCGAAAUGUUCCACCAGAUUGGAAUAAAUUCCAGCGAUCAACAUUGCCAGAGGUUUUUGUGGCCAGAGCAUGAUGGUGAAUUGACAGUUUAUAUCAUGCAAGUCAUGACCUUCGGAGCAUGUUGUUCUCCAUCGAGCGCACAAUAUGUCAUGAACAAGAAUGCCACACGAUUUGCUCAACAAUUUCCUGCUGCCGUGGAUGUAAUUACACGGAAACACUAUGUCGAUGACAUGUUAGUCAGCGUGGAAAGCGAAGAAGAGGCUAUCGAAUUAGCCGAGAACGUAAAAUAUAUACAUGCACAAGGAGGGUUCGAAAUUCGCAACUUUAUCUCAAACUCCUCACGAGUACUCGAAGCUCUUAGCGAAGUUAGCACUGCCGAAAAAUGUCUCGAUUUGUCCACUGAACUAUCUACUGAAAAAGUUCUCGGUAUGUGGUGGUGUACGAGAACCGACCGUUUCACGUAUAAAAUAAAUUACAAUCGUUUUGACAAGAGUAUACUUAACGGAAGUCGGGUCCCGUCAAAGCGCGAAUUGCUGCGGGUACUAAUGACGAUUUUUGAUCCUUUAGGAUUAAUUUCGCACUUCCUAAUGUAUUUGAAAGUAAUUCUCCAAGACGUGUGGCGCAGUCAGAUCGGAUGGGAUGAUCCGAUCUCAGAUGAGCAAUUCAAUAAUUGGACCACAUGGCUCUCCUGGUUGCCGCUGGUAGAGAAGAUUCAAAUCCCAAGGUGUUAUCGAGUAUGUACAUCCAUAGCUAAUUGCAACGAAGUCGAGCUUCAUACAUUCGUGGACGCAAGCCAAAAGGGCAUUGCAGCAGUGAUAUAUCUACGGUUUCAACAAAAUGAUAAAAUAGAAACUACGCUCUCAACGGCCAAAACACGAGUCGCACCCCUUAAGUACACUUCAACACCUCGCCUUGAGCUUCAAGCAGCUGUAAUAGGCGCUCGACUGGCCGACACAUUCGGUAAAUCGCUUUCUACAAAAAUAGCUAGGCGAUAUUUCUGGAGUGAUUCUCGAGACGUGAUUUGUUGGCUGCGUUCCGACCAUAGGAAAUACAGCCAAUUUGUCGCUCAUAGAGUAAGCGAAAUAUUGGAUCUAACCAACAUUUCAGAAUGGAGUUGGAUUUCUACAAAAAUAAAUAUCGCAGACGAUGGAACAAAAUGGCAUCGACCCCCGGAUCUCCGAAGUGAGGGUAAAUGGUUCUGUGGACCAGAAUUCCUAGGAACUCCUACAAAUCACUGGCCGUGGCAUCAACUAGGAUACAGACAAACAACAGAAGAGCUACGCCCUCAUAUUCUGCUACACGUGACUUCCACCGCACCUGUCCUCAACAUAGAUGACUUCUCAUCGUGGAAGCGACUGAUCUCAGUGAAAGCAUAUAUAUUACGUUUUGUAUCCAACAUACGAGCUAGUUCAGAGAAACGACCCAAAACCCUGGGACCUCUUACAUCACCGGAACUGAUUCGAGCGGAGAAACACAUCUACCGUCAAAUACAGCGAGAAGCGUUCAGCGACGAACUGGCGAUUUUAAAAAGUUCACAUACUAAUAAGAAAGAAGUUUUACUGCCAAAAACCAGCGUUCUAUAUAAAUAUAAUCCCUUCGUAGACCACGAUGAUAUUAUUCGUAUGCGGGGACGCAUCGACGCUUGUAAAUUUGCUAUGUACGAAACGAAAGCCCCGAUAAUAUUACCACGCAAGCAUUCUGGUACUAAACUAAUAGUACAAAUGUACCACGAAAAAUAUUACCACCGUAAUCAUGAAACGACGCUCAAUGAAUUACGCCAGAAAUUCAUAAUCCCCCGAAUACGACGAAUGUACAACCAGGGUGCUAGUAAAGAACUUACACAAACAUGGAAAAAUGUUGACCAAGAGAAAAUAAUGAAAGAGUUCACAAGUACGGUCACCACAUGGAAAUUUAUCCCCCCUGCCUCUCCACACAUGGGAGGUAGCUGGGAAAGGUUAAUCCAGACUCUGAAAAAGAAUUUGAACCAAAUUCAACCUGGACGGUCUAUCAACGAUGAGAUUUUAAAGAAUACUUUAACGGAAAUAGAGAACACCAUAAAUUCACGACCUCUCACGGAUGUACCGAUCGAUGAUGAAUCCGCCCCUGCAUUAACCCCGAAUCAUUUUCUUUUGGGUUCGUCAAACGGAACCAAACCGGUCGUACCAUUCGCUGAUACUGGCAUCGUUCUACAACGCUCAUGGCAUACAUCUCAAGUAGUAGCGAAUUUGUUUUGGAAGCGAUGGGUUCAGGACUAUCUUCCCACACUCACGAGACGCACUAAAUGGUUUUCAAAUGUUAAGCCAAUCGGAAUCGGUGAUAUCGUGAUAAUAGUGGAUCCAAGAUUUCCCCGAAACUGCUGGCCUAAGGGUCGUGUAAUCUCCACUAGUUGCAGCAAAGAUGGUCAAGUUCGCCGUGCUACGGUCCAAACAUCGUCGGGCAUAUACGAGAGACCAGCAGUCAAACUCGCUGUUCUGGAUGUAGGCGCGUCUGUCAGUAAACCGAUUUAUCUCGGUGUACCGGGGGGGAGUGUUACCGAAAUGCAUUGCAAUUCGUUGCACCUAUCAUCAGAACCCCUUGGCAACGAUAAACAAUAG